GUCAAUAAAUACAUAUCGAACCAUGACCCUGCCAGUGAUAGUUGGCUGCAUGAGUGUGAAAUAUGAAGUGUGUAUACAUACAAUAAUGGCUACUCGUGUGCCCAUCGUGACGUACAGUGUUGUACAUGUAGGUUAUUCUAAUAAUUACUGAGUCAUGUCCAACUUCCUGAUUGUUGACAAGCUGGUCGUCAAUACCCAGUUCAGCGGCCAGUGUUGCAUUGAGUUGUGCCAGGGAGAUAUCACUGAUCUGGAUGUGAAGGAUAAGGUGGAUGUCAUCUGUGUUUCAGUUUUUGGAAGCAGGUACACGCCAUUAUCAGACACAUUGGUUGGUGCCCUGCAUGAGAAGUUGAAACUGAGUGUCAAACUGCUUGCCAGAGAUAAGGCAGAGGACCUGCGACAUGCUUACAUGUGUUGGUGGUCCAAACCUCUUCCUGAUCAUCUUCCAUACAGGAAACUGCUUUGCUUUGAGAAUAGGGGAAAAGUGUGUCGACCCCAGGAGCUGGUUGGUAAUGUUUUCCGUUGCCUGGUACCCAUCCUGAACAAUGAACCGGGAACUGUCGUUACUCCAUUACUCAACACUGGCAUACAGGGUGUUGAUGAAGCCACCAUGCUGGUGGGAAUGGUGGAAGCCGCCAUCAAAUGGAUGAAGGCAGGCCUGCCUCUCAAACAACUCAAGAUUGUGAUGUUUGCCAAGGUAGUAAAAGGCAAAGUGGUUCAGGUGAACAUGCGAAAUCUUCAAGGAGUGUUGAAGUCAUUCAAAGAGCUGAAGGAGCGAUACAACAAUUCUGAUGUCAUCCCUCUAGACGUUCCUCUUGAGUACGACAUCUACCUAUCUCACAGCCCUGAGGAUGAUGAGAUUGCAUCCACGGUUGAGGCCAGGUUCCGAGCUUCAAAGCCCGACAUCAGAAUCUACAAGAGCAAACAUGCCCUGGAUGAAGUUGCCGAUGGACAGGCGUCCUUCUGGCAGGAGGAAGUUUUCAAUGUCAUGUUAAGAAGUGCUAGAGUUGUGCCAAUCCUAAGUGCUGCGUUUCUUGAGAGCAAGGCUUGCGUGGACUUGUACAACAUGGCCCUGUGUUGUAACAGGAGAGCUCAGCGGGACUUGCUGGCUCCACUCUACAUAGAGAGGAUUGAGGAUAUGCCGACCUACAUGGGACUAGUACAGUACCUCGACUGCAGCCCCAAAGACGAAGCCAAGAUCGGUGAGAGCUGCCGGGAUUUGGUCAAAUCUUUGGAGCGUGAUAGCUUGAAGGUCCACUCCGAGAUGGUCAUGGCUGAUGAUUCCCCACUUCACUAUGACAUCUUCGUCUCAUAUAGUCAUCAGGAUUCCAGGCUAGCUGUCUCGAUUGUUGAGAAGCUGCAGAAGCUGAAUCCAAAACUCAAGAUAUUUUUCGACCGCCAGGAGCUCAAAGUUGGCAUCGCAUGGCAAAGAACACUGUAUCAUGCCAUAGACGGCUGUCGUUCUUUCAUGGCGCUAGUUUCAAAUACCUACACGAAGUCGGCAAUGUGCAUUGAAGAAUUCAACUUGGCUCUAGCAAAACAUUGUUCAUCAGAUUCCAUGAUACGCCUGGUCCCUGUCUGCAUUGAACGUCUCGUUGACUCUUCACCCGAGUUCCAGCAGGUGAAACUCAUUAAUGCCACACCUUGUGUGUUUGACCCGGCUGUGGAGAUCAUCUGUACCUCUCUAGUUGACUGGAUUGCUGGAAAGGACUGGUACCCUCAGCUGGACUCUGUUUUCAGGAGAAGAAUUGGGAUGAUUGUGGAUGUUUCUGAGUGUGCUGCCGAACGUAGACGACUUCAGUUUUUCCUGGAGUACGGUAAGGGGAAUAAUACCUUGAAUUGUGAGGAUGUUGAAUUCCCAACUCUUUCAAAAGGAUUGUACUCCCCUGAUCGAUCCAUCACAAAGAACAAAGAAAAUGAAGUUUGUGAUGUUGCCUUCAGCUGUGCUCCGAAGGACAAACUUUUUGUCACAUUCAUGGCGAGGAUCCUCCGAGAGGUCAGCCCGGGGCUUGUCAUCAAAGAGACGGCAGACACCGAGAAUGAACGCCUGGCUCUAAUGGAAUCCGCUCGGAAGGUUGUGGUCUUCCUCUCUGCCAAUUACUUAGAGUCAGUGGAGCAGGUGGAGGAGUUACACACAGUCCUCCUGAGGCAGAGGUACCGGAGUCCAACACAAGUUCUCUUUCCAGUAACCAUCCACCAUCUGCCGCAGUUGCCAACAUAUUUCCAUUUGGUGCCCUGCGAUUUUAAUCUCACCGAUCCACUUUGGUUGGAACUGUUUACCAAGCACAAAAUUGCUCUACCACCUAACCUUGAAGACGACUGGCAGAUGUCUCAAAAGAACUCAGAGUUACAGGUUGAGAACCAUGUGUUCAUUGGGUUGAUUGCAGCAGCUCACAGUCUACUGCUUCAAUUAUCAACCGAAAGUGAACAUCCUCCAUCUCCCAAGACAAACCAUCAACCAAUGCUGUUGAACGUGUUGCUUCUCCGCGCCAAAGUCGAGAGACUUCUUAAGGAAGUGAACCAUGGAGCCAAAGAAGAUAAAGAUGAGAUGGUUAAUCGAGCCGGGUACCAAGAAAAUUAUUUAUUGGACGUUGUUGACCCACCUCAAGAGUCCUUCUCGACCACACUUGAAAGCCAACGGGACGAGGGACUUGGUUCUGGAACUUCUUGUCACAAACAUGUCAACCUGUCAAGUCAAGAUUCUCAAGGGUUUACAAACCCCAAUGUAAACACAAACAGUUCAUUGUCACACACUCACUACCCAGUGAAGGAAAGAGAAGUUGCUAUCGACAUAAGACGAUCAGAAGAUGAUACACCACAGGAUGAAAGUCAUAUUCAGCAUCGGAAGGAAGGGUCAAGUGUCAAAAGUACCGGGUGGGGUUCAACUUCAGACGAAGAGAAACACACGGCAAAUAGAAUAUCAAGUCGAUCGUGCAUGCUAGUUUAGUAAAUUGGACCACUAUUCAAAUUGGAAUAUUAUUUUUUUAAUUACUUGCCUAAUGACUGCCUUUGCAAAGCCGAGAAGUCAAUUAAAUAAUGGAUUUGUGUUAAUAAUGUAGUGUCUGUUGUUCUAUCGGAUUCGGACCAGUCAGCGUGCCCUUGUUAGUUUGGUAAUCGAUUGGUAAGACGCUGCACAAGUAAGCAAGUGAUGAUGAUAGAUAUAGAUUUGAGUCCCACCUGUGUAAGUUUUGUAUAACUAAUUAUUCCCGGAAGCCCGCCUUGGAUCUGGACAACACUGAGUACGCAGUUUAUUAAAGUAUGUCGGUGAAGGACAAGAGCCACUGAACAGAGCUUAACAUAAUAUUCUGGGGUUUUUUUCAUCCUGUUUUUAAUUCCACAAUGUGAAAAUGUAUGUAUUACAAUAUAAUAUGGUUCUAUAAUAAACAUGCUCUAUUAAAUAUCAACGUGUAAUAAUUAUUCAUGAUCAGUAACAGGGAGUUCAAUUAAGAGUCUGUGUUUCAAUUGUUUACAAAGCAUAAAUAUGAAAAAUAAAAUGACAACUCCGUUUG